AAUCAUUUUCUAUCAAACAAAACAAAAAAAGAAAAACUAGCAGAGAUAAAAAUGAGGACACAAAAUGCAAAAAAUAUAUUGUUGGUACUAUGUCUUGCCGUAUGUGCAGGUAUGUGUCGAUCAGAUGUGCUUGAAGAUGCCAAGUCCACAGCUGGAGAAAUCAAGGAUGGUGCCGUAACUGUUGCCGAUGAAGCCGCAGAAAAAUCUGAGUCUUUUGCUCAAUGGGCUUAUGAUAAACUCUCUGAACAAUUCGCGACAAAAGAGAAUGCUGAUAAAAUACAUCCAAGUGAAAAGUUUCAAAUUUCAGAUGUUUUCUCAGAUGCAUCAGAGUCAGUGAAAGAUGCUGCAUCAGAUACUUCUAAGUUUGCUGGAAAAGCAGCUUCUGAAGUUAAAGAUAAAGCAGAAGGAGCAGUUGACUACAGUAAAGAUAAAGCACAUGUUGCACAUAAUGAAACCCAAAAACAAGCAGGCAAAGUUUCAGAUGCAGUUGGAGAUACAGCUGAUGCUGCCAAAAAUAAAACAAAGGACGCGUUUGGUGACGCCAAGAAACAUGUAGGUCAGGCUUCAGAUGCAGUCGGAGACACUGCUGAUGCUGCUAAAAAUAAAACAAAGGAUGUGUUUGGUGACGCCAAGAAACAUGUAGGCAAGGCUUCAGAUGCAGUUGGCAAUACAGCUGAGGCUGCUAAAAAUAAAACAAAGGACGCGUUUGGUGACGCCAAGGAACAUGUAGGCAGGGCUUCAGAUGCAGUUGGAGAUACAGCUCAUGCUGCUAAACAUAAAACAAAGGAUGCGUUUGGUGACGCCAAGGAACAUGUAGGCAGGGCUUCAGAUAAAGUUGGAGAUACAGCUCAUGCUGCUAAACAUAAAACAAAGGAUGCGUUUGGUGACGCCAAGGAACAUGUAGGCAGGGCUUCAGAUAAAGUUGGAGAUACAGCUCAUGCUGCUAAACAUAAAACAAAGGAUGCGUUUGGUGACGCCAAGGAUAAAGUUGGAGAUACAGCUCAUGCUGCUAAACAUAAAACAAAGGAUGCGUUUGGUGACGCCAAGGAACAUGUAGGCAGGGCUUCAGAUAAAAUUGGAGAUACAGCUGAUGCUGCUAAAAAUAAAACAAAGGAUGCAUUUGGUGAUGCCAAGAAACAUAUAGGCAAGGCUUCAGAUAAAGUUGGUGAUACAGCUGAUGCUGCUAAAAAUAAAACAAAGGAUGCGUUUGGUGAUGCCAAGAAACAUGUAGGUAAGGCUUCAGAUAAAGUUGGUGAUACAGCUGAUGCUGCUAAAGAUAAAGCAAAGGAUGCAUUUGGUGACGCCAAGAAACAUGUAGGCAAGGCUUCAGAUGCAGUUGGAGAUACAGCUCAUGAUGCUAAAGAUAAAGCAAAGGAUGCAUAUGGUAAAGUUAGGCAACAUGCAACCAAUGCUUCAGAUGUAGUUGGUGAUACAGCUGAUGCUGCUAAAGAUAAAACAAGGAAACAUUUAAACCAUGCUUCAGAUAAAGUUGGUGAUACAGCUGAGGUUGCCAAACAUAAAGCAACGGGUGCAUAUGGUGAAGCCAAAAUACACGCAAAUAAGGCUUCAGAUGCAGUUGGUGAUACAGCUGAUGCUGCUAAAGAUAAAGCAAAGGGUGCUUAUGACAGCGCUAUACACUAAGCGGGAGACAUAUAAAUCAACAAAGAAAACUGUCACUUUCGAAAAUCCCAAGACUAAGUAGGAGAUUCAUUAUUUACAUGUUUCGUAUAUAGAUACAUAUAUUAAUAGUUCUUAAUGCAAUAAUGCCAUAGGAUUAGGAGGAAAAAAAAUCAUGUUUCUCUGCUAUCUUUGAGAAUGUUUUUGGUAGGUAUAAGUGAAAUGUAUAGAGUCUGGGCAAUACUUCACCAGUUGUAAAUAUAUGACAUUUUUAUAUGAUUUUUGUUUUAUUUA